UAAACACAUAUUUUAUUCUAUUGUAAUUUUAUUUCGUUAAUGUGCAUGGAUAAAAUAGGAAUUUGUUAAUAUCAAUUUACAUCAAUAUGGAUCCAAAAAUAAUUAAGAAAACGAAAGACACUAUGGGUACAAUUAUUAAGAAGCCUCCACUGACGGACAAGCUUUUAAGCAAACCUCCAUUUCGAUUUCUGCAUGAUAUUAUAACAGAAGUCAUUCGAACAAGUGGUUUCUUGAAGGGCCUAUUUACAAGUGAAGAAAUGGAUUCAAAAAAUGUCACAGCCAAAGAGGAUAAAUUGGCAUUUCUGCAAAAAGUGAUUGACUGUGUUGGUUUGGUGUCUGGUGACACACUUUCUGUGAGACCUAACAAAGUGAUAGCUGGGCAUGAACCAGAGAAAACUAAUGAACUGCUACAGGUAAUGGCAAAAUGUAUCAUGAAAAACAAAUCGUCAGCAGAUGCAGUUCAACAGAUGUUAACUGGGAAGUCUAGUAAAUCGUCAAAACCAAAAGAUAAACCACCUUCUGGUGUUAAACGUGGAGAAGUUGGAGAAAAACCAGAAAGAGAAGAAGGUGGAAGGGAAAGAAAGAAGAAAAGCUCAGACCAUAAUCGUGAUAGAAGUCAUGACAAGAGGCGAUCGUCUGCUGACAAAGAGAGACGACGAGAGAGAGAACGCAGCUCGGAUAAUAGGCCCGAGCAUCAUGAAGAGGCAGAAGAAGAACAGGAUCAUGGAAGAAAGAGAAGAAAGAGCAAAAAGCAUCAAAAUGAGAUUGAACCUCCUACUCCACAAAUUGAUUCCUCCAAUGGCCGAGAAGAGAAUGAAGAUCAAAAUGGAAACGAAGAGAAUGUUGGAUUAAGAGAAAAUGCAGAAGGGGCUGAGAGUAAUGCUCCAGUUGUACGAGCACCCCGUCCUGCUUCUGCUAAAGGUCAGAGAAGGAAACCUUAUUCUGGUGGAAGAUCAAAACCGGAUGUUCAACAAGAAGAAAAUGAAGAAGCACCGGUUGCUCCUCGGAAAUUAGCGCGUCCACCCAGUGCAAGGCCGGCUGCACCUAGAGUAAGGCAACGACAAAAUGCUGCCGACCAAGAAAUAGAUAGAAUAGCAAGCGGUGGGCAGCAACGCUCAGCUCCUAUUAUCGUGGAUCGGAAUUUAGGAGCAACUCCAUCAGAUGAUGAUGAUGAACAGUUCGUUGUGGAGGAUGCUGAUCCGAUGCUGCAGGAGGAACCAACCGGACUUUCUAACACUGCGCAAAUGGAAGAGGACGAGGAACAUGGAGGACUUGUUCGGAAGAUUUUGGAAACAAAGAAAGAGUUAGAGCAAUCUGCUGCUGGGAGAAAUAAGGUGGAAAAGCACACAGAAAUCCAGCGUACAAAUGUCACUACAGCACAACAACGUAAAGAGCGCGAGCUCGUAGCAAAGGAAAUCGAUCAACUUCGUAACUCCGUACAGACAUUGUGUCAGAGUGCAACACCGCUGGCUAAAAUUAUUGAUUACAUUCAAGAAGAUAUGGAUGCCAUGCAGAAUGAGCUUGUGUUCUGGCAGAAGGAGAAUACGCAGCACGCUGUUCGGUUAAAAGAUGAGGAGGAAAUUACUUUAAGAGCUGUUGAACCUCUGAAACAUGAAUUGGAGGAACUAGAAAGCAGCAUAUCUACUUAUCGUAAUCAGAUGGCUGCAACAAAAGCAAACAUCAUUCGAAACCAGGAGAAAAUACAUAAAAUGGUGUCAGCAGUUGCUGCAAGGUCCUAAAAAUUCUAAUUGGUUGUGGUUACCAAGUUCAAUGUUUUGUACGGCUUUUGAAUACAUGUUUGUUUGGUUUACUGUUUUGGUGACGCGCUGAUGUCUGUACAUUCCCCACGUUUAUAUUUUAAAUAAAAAUAUAUAUUGUUUUUAAAUAUGCAUACAUAAUACAUAGUCUAAUAAUACUA